UCGGGGGGGAGGCGGAGUCUAGGCAGUCCUGGCAGGGCCGCCAUUUUUGCAAAGGGAAAAGAGACUGGUUUGAGGGGAUCUAAUUUCUAAAAGUCGCCGAUGACUAGGGCACAGUUUUAACGGUUUCGAAUUGAUUUCUGGGGUAAAUUCGGGUCACCUCGUAGAACAAGAAGCAAUAGAUUUCCCCCAGGAGAGGACUCUUUAAAGGACACAUUUAAAUCCAAACAUUUUAAAGCUUUGCUAGGGAUCCGCAGUGUGUGGACAGAAGUAUUGUUUUGGUUGUGGAAGCUGUGUGGAAAGCGACGGGGGUCUUACCCAGGUCCCCUUAUUCGCUAUUCAGAUCAUCCAGAGUGGACAUAAAGCGGCCUUGUGGAUGCACUUAGAUGUCUGCAAUGACUGCUGUGGCUGGCAUGCCUCAGUGUUUUGGACUCCCAUUCUCUGGACUCAGUAGGACAAGAACUGAUCAGCAGAGAACGUCAUGAGCAUAGUCAUCCCAGUAGGGGUGGACACAGCAGACACCUCAUACCUGGACAUGGCUGCGGGCUCAGACAGACCAGAAUCGGUGGAGGCCAGCCCUGUGGUGGUGGAAAAGUCCAGCUACCCACACCAGAUCUACAGCAGCAGUUCGCACCAUUCCCACAGUUACAUUGGCCUGCCCUACGCUGAUCAUAACUAUGGGGCGCGGCCCCCACCCACACCACCGGCCUCCCCUCCCCCCUCCAUGUUGAUCCGACAAGGAGAGGGGGGGUUGUUUGUUCCAGGGGGCCAGGACGAAGCGUCCAGGGGCACCACGCUCAGCACCUCAGAGGAUGGCAGCUACGGGGCUGACAUCACCCGCUGCAUCUGUGGCUUCACACACGAUGACGGCUACAUGAUCUGCUGUGACAAGUGCAGUGCCUGGCAGCAUAUAGACUGCAUGGGCAUCGACAGGCAGAACAUUCCUGAGACUUACCUGUGUGAACGCUGCCAACCACGCCACCUGGAUCGAGAGAGGGCCAUCCUGCUGCAGACCAGGAAACGAGAAUGUUUGUCUGAUGGGGACACCAGUGCUACAGAGAGCGGAGAUGAGGUGCCGCUAGAGCUGUACUCCACCUUCCAACACACGCCUACCACCAUCACCCUCACUACGGGGCGCCUUGGCAAUAAGCAAACUGAUAAAAAACGCAAAAAGAGUGGUGAUAAAGAGCCUCCAGCAUCCUCUGCCCGGGCUAAGAAGGCCUUCCGGGAGGGGUCCAGAAAAUCCUCCAGAGUAAAAGGUGCAGCUCCAGAGCAGGAGCCGACAGAGCACCCGUCUCUGUGGGAGAACAAGAUCAAGACGUGGAUGGAGCGUUACGAGGAGGCCAGCAGCAAUCAGUACAGUGAGGACGUCCAGGUCCUGUUGCGUGUUAAGGAGCAAGGCGACGGCAAGAGCCUGGCUUACAACACGCACCCCGCCUCUUUCAAACCGCCUGUGGAGAGUCAAGUUCAGAAGAACAAGAAGAUCCUCAAGGCGGUGCGAGACUUGGCCCCAGACUCCCUCAUCAUUGAGUACAGGGGAAAGUUCAUGCUUCGACAGCAGUUUGAGGCCAACGGAUACUUCUUCAAGAGGCCAUACCCAUUUGUGUUAUUUUAUUCUAAAUUUGACGGACUGGAGAUGUGUGUGGAUGCUCGCAGCUUUGGCAACGAGGCACGCUUCAUCCGUCGCUCCUGCACCCCGAAUUCUGAAGUGCGGCAUGUCAUCGAGGACGGCAUGCUGCAUUUAUACAUCUACUCGUUGAGGCCAAUCACUAAAGGCACAGAGAUCACCAUCGGUUUUGAUUAUGACUAUGGCAGCUGUAAAUACAAGGUGGACUGUGCCUGUGUGAAGGGGAACCAGGAGUGCCCGGUGCUCAAGCACAACCUAGAACCCACCGAGAACCUGGGCUCCGGAGGCCGGCGCAGAGGGAGUCGCAAGGACAAGGAGACGGUUCGAGAUGACCAGGGCCAGAACCAGAACAUGGGUUUGGAUGGCGACGGCAAGAGCAAGAGUGUAGGCGACGGGAAACAGAGGAAACUGUCUCCUCUCCGCCUCUCCAUCUCCAACAACCAGGAUCCUGAGUUAUAUGAGGAUCUAGAAGACAGAACGUCCGUUAGCAAUGAAGUAGAGAUGGAGUCAGAGGAGCAGAUUGCAGAGAGGAGGAGGAAGAUGGCCAGCCCAGCGGAGCAGUCCCAUCUCCCUGUCGGGGCGGCUUCCAGCUGGAAGGGACUGAAACACAAGGAGACACGAGAAGAGAGGAAGAUGGAGGCCAUCCUUCAAGCCUUUGCCCGAAUGGAGAAGAGGGAGAAACGCAGGGAGCAGGCCCUGGAAAGAAUUGGCAGCGUCAAGACGGAGGUCGGGGGUCGCAGUGACAUAAAGGAGGAGCCUCCUGCAACACCGGAAACAGCUGAUUCUCCAGCUGUCAUGCAGCCACUUCUGGAGGUCAAAGAGGAGCCAGGAUUGAAGCCGGCCAAGGUCAAAAACUCGAGGAACAGGAAAAGUUUCUCAAGGAACCGCACACACAUCGGCCAGCAGCGCCGGCGAGCUCGCACCAUAAGCACCUGUUCCGACUUGGCCCCCGGCUCUCCGACUGAAUCUGUGGAGCCUCUGACCAAUGAAGCCCCCGAAGGAGAGACGCCCACCGCACCGGAGCCGGAGGCCAUCCCCGCCCAAGCACCGGACAUCAGCCCUCCGCACAGCAGCUCACCUGCACCCGACAGAAACCGCACCGGGAGCAAGAAUUUCAAAACUAAAAAGCACUUUGUGAGUGAGUGGGUGGGAGAGAAGCAGCAGGACCGCGGUGCAGUACGAACACCAGAGCCGGCCCCUGAGAGGCCGCUGAGAAUAAGCAGCGACCCUGAAGUACUCGCCACGCAGCUCAAUGCCCUCCCAGGCAUGGCCUGCUCUCCACAGGUCUACAGCACGCCCAAACACUACGUCCGCUUCUCGUCCCCGUUCCUGGUUAAUCGCAGCCCCACCACUCCCGGAGUCCCGACUGGGAGACGGCGCUCCAGAGAACUGCCUGAAACACCGCCGACCACCGGCUCCUGCAAGAAGCGAUGGUUGAAGCAGGCUCUCGAGGAGGAAGGCUCCACCAGUCCAGCACGACGACCGAGCCUCCUCAUGCCCAGCGAGGGUCCUCUUAGCCCCUCCAUUAACGGAGACUCAGACAGCCCUCUACCCUACAACGGCACCUGCUCAUUACCAGGUCGGUGGCCACAUAACAAAUAAUUCAAAAUAAGACAAAUGUACAUAGAGCUCUCAACAGCUUGAAUAAAUAGUGCUAAUGAGAAAGCAUUAAAUGCCUGCUGCAGUGCUGCUAAAUCUUUGAAAGACUUGUAUUGUAUCUGUAUGUAAGAAUCCUUUUGCUCUCCUGACUAAAUGUGCUCAUAUGUCU